UUCUACUCUAUUCUUUCUCUCACACACAAUAACAGAAAAAGGAAGAUAGAAGAACACAAUUUCUUCUAUUCUAAAUAGUACUUGAAGAGAAAUAAAGAGGGAGUUGGUUCAAGAGGACGUAAAAAACAAGGAACGCGUUAGGAAGCUACCUAAUAUUUUUUUCUACUACAAUUUUGAAUCGCCUUUGUUACUUUCCGCAAAGUAAAACAAAGGACAAGUAGCAGCUUUUUCUUCUCUUAACUCUUUCUGAAAAAAGGAUCUCUAUUAUUGAUGAAUAUUGCUUUACCAGAAAUGCUACAUAACAACACCACCAGCAAUGGAGGAAAUGGAAGCAAUGUGCUUGAACGACAACGAGCUAGACUGAAAUGGCAUCAAGAACAGGUGCAGCAACAAGAGAUGAGUUAUUUUAAUGGACAAAAUGAUCAACUGAUGAGUUCUUUUCAUCAAACGUCUGAAGCUCAACAAUUUCAUGGGCUGAUCAAUGUAAAUGAUCAGAGUCUUAAUGAGCUUGUGACUCGGGCAAUUAAGCCAGACCCCUGUAUGGAGAACAAUUGGGGUGAUUUUGGGACCACUGAUAAUAAUGGUUUUGGUUAUGUUCCAGUUGGAGUUGGACACGGAGGAAUGUCACACCCAACUGAAAUGAAUUAUGCUAUUUCAAGAACUACAAGUUGCCCGCCUACCAUGGCGGACAAUGCUGUUUCUGCUGUUAAACCCAAAGAGACUAUGCGUUCUAACAGAGGCAGUGAGAACUUCAAGAAAAGGAAAGCAGAUAAGAAUCAACAUCUCAAGGAGGUUGCAGAAGAGGAAACCAAAGACAAGAAAUUGAAAGAAUGCAUCGAAGAGGGGGAUGAUUCUUCCAAGGUAACAACAGAGAAAAAAAGCAACAAAAGGAGCUCCAAUAACAGUACCAACGGUAAGGAAAAUUCUGAUACUUCAAAGGAGAAGUCCAAAAUUACCGAUGAUAAAAAGCUCGACUAUAUCCAUGUCAGAGCACGUCGAGGUCAAGCCACUGAUAGCCACAGUUUGGCUGAAAGAGUAAGAAGGGAAAAGAUAAGUGAGAGAAUGAGAUUUCUGCAAGAUUUAGUACCAGGUUGUAACAAGAUAACAGGGAAAGCAGGAAUGCUAGAUGAAAUAAUCAACUACGUCCAAUCUCUCCAAAGACAAGUAGAGUUCCUAUCCAUGAAACUAGCUGCUGUUAAUCCAAGGCUUGAUAUCGACGUAGACAAUUUCUUCAACAAAGAUAUAUUUGCAACUAGCACAUCUACCUUUUCCACAGUGGGAGCUGGAACAUCAUCUGAAAUGCUUAGUAUGGCCCAACGCCAGUUCAAUUCAUUGCAGCAAAUAAUGUCAAGUUCUGGAUUAGAAAUGGAUAUUCUAAAUCUAAACGAACUGGCACUACGUAGAACCACUAGUGCUCCUGUACCAAUUCCUGAAAUGUUUCUUGACUCAUCCAGUAUCAAUCAAGUUCAGAGCUUUCAAACUUGGGACACUGAUUUAGAUAACAUGUAUGCAAUGGAGCUUCAACAAGGAAGAUCAGCACAGUUUUUUCCCCAUCCGUGUACAGGUUUCGCUGAAGCUGGACAUGACCUGAAGAUGGAAAUGUGACCUUACAAUUCUAGUCAUUCAAGAUCCUUGAAUGACUUCACCUCAGAUGUCAUGAAUCCUGAUUCUUUUUUUGCAAGUACAUAACAUAGUAUAUUCUGUAUGUAAAUGUUGCAGUUCAAGAGUAUCAAAGCAAUACUAUGACACUGUUCAUUGGAAAUCA